ACACGUGCACACGGAGCUGGCGCGCAGAGCAGAGGCGCCCAUCCUCUCCUCUCCUCUCCUCUCUCUCUCUCUCUCUCUCUCAGUGCGACUCCUCCGAGGGAUCAGGAGUAGACUAAAGUCAAACUUCCAGUUCCAGCAGCUGAAGAUUUGUGCGCAACCUUUUUUUUUUUCUGAAGGGAUCCAAGUCGUCAAGAGCACCGCUCACUGGACUGCAUGCAGCACAGAACCUCAUCGUUAGCGGUGUACUAGCUCGGUGCAUGUAGGAAAAGGAAGCCCCUGCAACAGUGAUGUACUCUGGUUUUAUUGGAUAUGUGAAUUGGCAGACGAGUUGUGUGUGGAUAAGACCGAGGGAUGGAAACAUGGGAUCUAAUCUCAGUAGAGUCAAGAGGAGUCUAAUACACUAAUAAAACAGGUGUCUGUGGUGAUGUUGCCAUGUGCCAGCUGCCAUCUGCUCUUAUCCUUCUUUAUUCAGGACUGAUGUCCAGAUGGUGUGCCCCUCCAUGUGUGGUCCAGUUCAGCUCUCCCUGACCGUUUCAUGGGCCACAAACCGACCCAAGCAUCCACGGCCACUGCUCGACUCAACCCCACCGCGCACCACCCUUAACCCCUCACCCCUAACCUUCAUCCUCAGCCCCCCACCUCCCUCUGCCUCACUGUCUGUCAAGCCUCUCCUCACAUUUUGACAAUCCUAGCCCUUCUUGAGCCCAACAUGGUGGCCUGCGUUCCCGCUCUGAUCCUGGUCAUGAUGUGUCGGGGCGUCUUGCUCUCUGUCGGAGACCCGCCUCAGUCCCGCCGGGAGAUCCGCAUCGAGGGAGACCUGGUGCUCGGCGGUCUGUUCCCGGUGCACGAGAAAGGUGCCGGGAUGGAGGAGUGUGGGCGUGUGAACGAGGACAGAGGGAUCCAGAGGCUGGAGGCCAUGCUGUUUGCCAUUGACAGAAUCAACCAGGACGACUUUUUGUUGCCUGGGGUCUCUCUCGGGGUCCACAUCCUGGACACCUGCUCCAGAGACACCUACGCACUGGAGCAGGCUCUGGAGUUUGUAAGAGCCUCCCUCACCAAGGUGGACGACACAGAGUUCAUCUGUCCAGACGGAUCUUACGCUCUGCAGGACGACAGCCCGCUCGCAAUCGCCGGAGUCAUAGGUGGAUCCUUCAGCAGCGUCUCCAUACAGGUUGCCAAUCUUCUCAGGCUCUUUCAGAUUCCUCAGAUAAGCUAUGCUUCGACCAGUGCCAAGCUCAGCGAUAAGUCCCGCUACGAUUACUUCGCCCGCACGGUGCCCCCCGACUUCUACCAGGCCAAAGCCAUGGCCGAGAUCCUCCGCUUCUUCAACUGGACGUACGUGUCCACUGUGGCAUCGGAGGGCGAUUAUGGUGAAACUGGUAUAGAGGCCUUCGAACAAGAGGCACGCAUGAGAAACAUCUGUAUCGCCACUUCAGAGAAGGUGGGGCGUUCGAACGCUAAAAAGUCCUAUGAAGCUGUGAUCCGUCAGCUCCUCCAGAAGCCGAAUGCCCGUGUGGCCGUCCUCUUCCUGCGCAGCGACGAUGCCAGGGAGCUGUUGGCAGCAGCUGCCAGGCUUAACACCUCCUUCAUCUGGGUGGCCAGCGACGGCUGGGGUGCACAGGAAAGCAUUGUCAAGGGAAAUGAGGUCAGCGCUGAAGGAGCCAUCACACUUGAGCUGGCGGCCAAUCCCGUGCCAGAAUUCAACCGCUACUUUCUCAGCCUGGACCCGGUCAAAAACCAUCGUAAUCCCUGGUACAGGGAAUUCUGGGAGCAGCGGUUCCAGUGCUCUCUGGGUGGUGGAGGAGGACCAGGAGGAGGAGGAGGCGGUGGAGGUGUUGGACUGGGAGAGACGUCUCUCCCGCCGUGUGACAUGGACUUGUCAAUGGACAAGAGUAACUUUGAACCAGAGUCCAAGAUCAUGUUUGUGGUGAACGCGGUGUACGCCAUGGCUCACGCCCUCCACUAUAUGCAACGGAGCCUGUGCUUCAACACCACCAAGCUGUGCGACAGCAUGAAGGCUCUGGAUGGGCGCCGACUCUACAGGGAUUACAUCCUUAAUGUCAGCUUCUCAGCCCCUUUCUCUCCUCCAGGCAGUGAGACAGUAGUGAAAUUUGAUUCCCAGGGGGACGGCGUGGGCCGAUACAACAUCUUCAGCUACCAGCGCUCUGCCGAUCGUUACGGUUACGUGCCGGUAGGUGACUGGGCCGAAAGUUUGACUCUGAGCAACGAUCUGAUUCACUGGCCCAGAGAAGUGGUGCCCACCUCGCAGUGCAGCGACCCAUGUGAACGCAAUGAGAUGAAGAAAAUGCAGGCAGGUGAGUACUGCUGCUGGAUCUGUACAGCCUGCGAGCCUCAUGAAUACCUGGCUGAUGAGUUCACCUGCGCGCCCUGUGCUCCUGGCCAGUGGCCCACUGAUGAACUGACGUCCUGUUACGACCUUCCUGAGGACUACAUUAUGUGGGAGGAUGCCUGGGCCAUCGGUCCAAUUACCAUCGCUUGUGUAGGGUUCAUGUGCACCGGUCUGGUGUUCUGGGUGUUUAUCCGACACAACCACACACCGCUGGUGAAAGCUUCAGGCAGAGAGCUAUGUUACAUCCUCCUCUCGGGAGUCUUCAUGUCCUACGCCCUGACUUUCCUCUUCUUGGCCAAACCCUCUCCCGCCAUCUGUGCCCUGCGGCGCCUCGGCCUGGGCACGUCGUUCGCUGUGUGCUACUCCGCCCUCCUCACCAAAACUAACAGAAUCGCCAGGAUUUUCAAUGGCGUGAAAGACGGAGCGGGUGCGGUGAGGCCACGCUUCAUUAGCCCGUCCUCUCAGGUGUUCAUCUGUCUGAGUUUUAUCUCCGUCCAGUUGGUGAUGGUGUCGGUGUGGCUGCUGCUGGAAGUUCCCGGGACACGGCGCUUCACGUUGCCAGAGCGACGGCAGACAGUCAUCCUCAAGUGUAACGUACGCGACUCCAGCAUGCUGCUGUCACUGGGAUAUGAUGUGCUCCUGGUCAUCCUGUGUACUGUGUAUGCCUUCAAGACCAGGAAGUGCCCUGAGAACUUCAACGAGGCCAAGUUUAUUGGAUUCACCAUGUACACCACCUGCAUAAUCUGGCUGGCCUUUCUUCCCAUCUUCUAUGUUACAUCCAGUGACUACAGGGUUCAGACCACUACCAUGUGUAUCUCGGUCAGUCUGAGUGGCUUCGUGGUCCUGGGUUGCAUGUUUGCUCCGAAGGUCCAUAUCAUCAUGUUCCAGCCCCAGAAGAAUGUGGCCAGCCACAGGCUUAACCUCAAUCGCUUCAGUGUCAGUGGGGCUGCCGCCACAUACGCAUCACACGCUUCUGUCAGCACCCACCACGUCCCAACCGUGUGCAACGGGAGAGAGAUUGUCGACUCCACUACGUCCUCUCUGUGACCACGUCCAGUCCACUCUCUAAAUCUGCCCCUGCGACUGUUAGCCAAUCCAUGAACAUUAUCCCCCUCAACCAUCAUUCCCCACCUCAUUCACACACUAUACACACUCACAUACACAUAUGUACACACACACACAAAUACAUGCACAAACAAACAAACAAACAAACAAACAAACAAACAAACAAACGACCUUCCUCGUGGACUAGAACUGUAUCGUUUCAAAAAUGUAGAAAGUGUGUAACUAUAAUUAAAUUAUUUUCUAGGGAUGUACAUACAUGGAAUCGACAUUGUUGUAAGUAGAGAAACAAAAGAACAAAAAAAGUUUUUAGGAGAAAUUUUUGGAGCCUUUGUUUUUGAUAGCUUUGUUAUGACGCGGUGUAAAUAGACAUGCGCUUUAUCAUGGUAGGAGGGCGUGUGUCUCUCAGUCUGGAUGCACAUUUGUGGCUCUGCUUGCCUCACCUGCAAUAUCCCACGGACUUUUUAUUCUCAUGCUUUUUUGUAGGUCUCAUUGUAAUAACCAAUUAUGUAUGCAUUUCUAUUGUGUAUCUGUACAUUUGUAUAUUAUACUACUGAUGGUUCAAACAGCACAAUGUUGACAGUCUUGUAACCCUAGAAUGAAUGUGGACAUAAACUGGACGGUAUAUGAUGGCUGGAACGGACAUGUACAAAAACCCGCCAAACUCAUCGACUUGCAGUCACACUGUGCCAGAACACACCUUUCAGUUUCAUCUUUUCACAUCUUGAUAGAUUUUCUUCGCAGCCUAGAUCCGUAUAAAGAACCCAUUGUAGCCGUUUUUGCAGGAAAAAUAUGUUUUGCUUUUGAUACAAAUGUUAAUUUUUCUAUUUCUAAUCAUGGAAUCCCUUUAUCUAAACGGCCAUAGUUCCAGACAUGUGUUCACCAAGGCAACAGUAUGCUCACUCCCACUCUCAAACUGCCUGCUUUCUUCAGAGGAUUGCUGUAAUGGAUUGCUAAUAACAACUAAUAACAGGCCUGAAAAGAUAUAGUACAUCAAAUGCAUUUCUUCUGCCUCAAAACUGUCAACACAGACAGCGCUGCGAUAGUUCUGUCAACAAAACACAAAUUGGCGUCUCACCCGGUAAUUAUGAAUUUGUGCUGAAAUGACUCAAACACUAAUGGAGGCAAACAAGUCUGCUUUGCUGAACACAUGUUGAAUUUUUCCAACUACAGGGGAGUGGUAGCUUUUGUUUUUCGUGCCCCAUAGAUACAGUACGUGGUGAUGUUUUGAAUAUGGCUAUGUGCCUUAAUGUAUGUUUGAUAGAGGUUGAAAAGAGAUCAGUUUUACAUUGCCAGCUGCAAAUCAUUGUUUGGUAAAUGUAAAGGUGACCCCAGUAUAGAUGUUUCAGGGCAACACAAUGCCAGUUAGUUUCAUUCCCUAGCAAGCCUUCUGCCAUUGAUUGUUUACCUGAAGUGUUGAAAUGUGAGGAAUCCUUAGGUUGAAAUGACUUUCUCUACCCCCCCUCUUUCUCCAGUCUGUGAUUAAAAAAACAAACAUGAAAUGGACGUUUCUAAUAGACACCCGUCACACUGAUUUUACUUUACAUUUUUUUACAUCUUUAGCGGCUCCAAUAAAAGAAGGAAGGGGAAGAGAAAUGCUCAUAUACCAUUAAGAUGAAGUCACUGACUCGUCGACUCAUUGAAGUGUGCAGUUUACAUGUCUGUGUUAAAUGUGUUGACGUUGAGAGGCACAGUGGAGCAGCUGGCUUCGGCGGUCCCAGAGAGGCUCACGAGAGGAAGCAGAGCACACAAUGUCAGCUGCUGGCAGAUCCUAUCAUCUAACAAAAGGGAUGUUAGAGUAGAACUCAUGUGCAGAACAUGCAGAACAUUUAUCAAAACAUCCCAUCAAACUCUCCGUUUGUGGACAGACUCUCUGCUGGGCGACAGUUAUGAGACGGGGAGGGGGUAAUAAAUGACAAAAACAUGAAUAAAGUUUUUUAUAAGAAAAUCUAAAUAGCCUAAAUUAGUUGACUAAUUUAGCACAAGGCUACAUCGUGUUUUAUUUUAAAGAGUGGCCUCUCUUGCGAGAAUGUAUUGCAUUUAGGAUAAAUAAACUGAUCUUAAAUGGUUAAAUAUGCUGUCUAAAAUAAAGUGUGACUGUUAUACUUGAUAUUUCUAACAAAAAUAUGUGAUCAGAAUCACUUAAUUGCUUCCCCCAGACAAGCAUUUUAGAUGUAGUUUCUCCAAAUCCAUACAGUAGGUAGAGGCAGAACUGUUGAACAUUCAUCUUUUGACCGGUCUACACCUUCUGCACAGCCGGUCUUCCAGCAGCACCCUGUGAUUAUCACACUGAAUGAUAGAUUGAAAGAAUUUUAGAGGAUGCGCCAAGACGAGCCGACCUACAUUGGGGCGUGUGUGUGUUUAGGUGCAGAGAGCAGGAGGAGAGAGAGCGAUGUGGCAGAGCAGAGGGGAGCUGCUGCUGGAUUAUGUAAAGCACUCCCACAGCCCAGAAGUCACAGCGCUUCUAUGGAAGCUCAAAGCAUCUCAGAGAUUCACGGUCUUUGUUAGCAGAAGGCUUAGCCAUUCACUCAGUGGUCCUGCUCCCACAAGAUACACCCCGCAUAGCAGGUUGCUAUGGACAACCACUGCCACAUCCGCUGCCGGAAUGUCUAUUUGUCUGCAUGGAGAGGAGGGUGGGAGGAGGAGGGGUGAGGAGAGGGCGAAAGAAGAGGAAUAGAAAGCUGGUUGCUGGUUGUGAUUCAAAUUGGCAGUGACUGAUGAGAUUUGGCUCAGCGAGUCCCAGUACCCUACUCCCAGCUUUUAAUGGCCGCACAAAUAGAGCACUUAACCCGGAUUUUCUUCUCAUUUAGUCCAGGGGGCUAGUCUCGGACAACAGUCUCACACUCUUCCUCUGACCCCCUCUCUCUCUCUCAACCCACCUCACCCCUUGAACCUUUUCCCUCCCGCCACCUUGUGUCCACCUCAUCUCCACUCCAUGUGUGAAACUUGCUGCUCAGCCAAGACCACCUAAAGCCAGACCAACAGACUGGUAGCCCACACUUAAACUCAAGCACUCAGAUCUGGAUGCCCACUGCAGCACAUGCCAGCGAGGCGGCCUUGGGAGGAGGGAUAUAAGGGGAAGGUAGAUAAAGGAGUUGGAGAGUGGAUGGGAAAAUGAAAAUGGGACUCACAUGUAAAGAAAAAUGCAUCACCUUUCUCACUCCACUGUACUCAGUUUAUCAUCUCAUGUACCCAGUAACUCUCUGUGGAAGCUUCUUUAAUUGGCUUUACUCAUGAAUAUCCCUUUCAAGCAGCUAUAGCCAUCCACUACGGACAUUGCUCCUCUAUUCAGCCUCUGCCAACUGCCAUGUGCUCUACAAAGGUCUCUGUGCUGUAGCCCCCUGCUUAUACAGCAGAAUGUGUCCUCGGCCUCUGGGCUUUUGAAACAAGACAAGAUCUCUGCGGCGACGUGAAGCGGCGCUCAAGCUGAACUCUGGAACUGGUCAAUCAAAGCAAUAGUUCCGUGUUUAUGAUACGUGCAAUAAAGAGGCUGUGAUGACAUCAUAAUAAAUAACAACAAGCAAA